GCAGAAGGGCAGUCACAAAGAUCUGCGCCAAAUGGUUCAAUAUAAUGAUGAUUUCUUGAUGUAAACCCAUUUAGAUUAGUCGCAUGCGUAUUUAAGUAACUUUUGCCUCAUCAUUUCUAUCAUUUCACUUUACAAUUAGACCGGAAUGUUAAUGCGUUUCGUAAACAAAACUUGCAAUAUUUUGUUGCAACAAAGUGGCCGUCGCCUGUUUGCAGCAACUCCACCGAGCCACACACUCUCCCAUUACCCUGUUAACGAUGCGCUUUACGGCCUGGAUAAAGAACACCAGAAACUGAGAGAAACUACCUUCAACUUCGUACAGAAGGAACUGGCGCCCUAUGCUAAGGAAAUAGACAAGCAGGACAAUUUCAAAGAUAUGCGUUCGUUUUGGAGAAAACUAGGCGAACUGGGCUAUCUGGGCAUUACGGCGGAUCCCGAAUACGGAGGCACUGGUGGAAAUUACUUGGACCACUGCAUCGUUGUGGAGGAAAUUUCAAGAGCCUCUGGAGCUGUAGGAAUUUCUUACGGCGCACAUUCGAAUAUGUGCAUCAAUCAGCUGUCUAUAAACGGAACACGCGAACAGAAGCAACAGUAUUUGCCCAAGCUCUGCAGCGGAGAACACAUCGGAGGCUUGGCAAUGUCGGAGGCAGGUGCUGGCUCCGAUGUCCUGUCAAUGAAGUUGAGAGCUGAGCGCAAAGGCGAUUACUACGUGCUAAACGGAACCAAGUUUUGGAUCUCCAAUGGCUCCGAUGCGGAUACGUUGAUCGUAUAUGCCAGGACUGGAGCAACUGGAGUGCCGGACAGCAAAGCGAUAACCACGUUUAUUAUAGAGACGUCGUGGGAUGGCUUCAGCGUGGCCCAGAAGCUAGACAAACUAGGAAUACGUGGCAGCAGCACCUGUGAACUUGUUUUUGAUAAUGUCAAAGUACCCGCAAAGAAUGUGCUGGGUCAGGAGAACAAGGGCGUCUACGUGCUGAUGUCGGGUCUGGACUAUGAGCGUGCUGUAUUGUCCGGUAUACCGUUGGGCCUUAUGCAGGCUGCCUGCGACGUGGCCUUUGAGUAUGCCCAUCAGCGCAAACAAAUGGGGAAACUGAUUGGCGAGUUCCAGCUGAUACAGGGAAAGAUGGCAGAUAUGUACACGACUAUCAGCGCGUGCCGGAGCUACUUGUACACUGUGGUGAGAUCCUUAGAUGCCGGUAUGCGAAGCAGCAAAGAUUGCGCUGGCGUUCUCUUGCUGUGCGGCGAAAAGGGCACUCAAGUGGCUUUGGAUGCCAUGCAAAUCCUUGGCGGCAACGGCUACAUCAAUGACUAUCCGACAGGACGUAUUUUGCGUGAUGCAAAACUGUGUGAGAUUGCUGGCGGCACCGCGGAGAUCAGACGCUGGCUCAUAGGACGUCAGCUGAAUCAGGAGUACAAAUGAAGCGUUGUUAAUUUUUAACAGGGGGAAAGGGUGUUAAUAUUUUAGGGGAUACAUUUAUUAUAAACAUAUUUUUUAGUUUUGUAAAUUAUAUCGGUCCCAAGGUGCAAAAUAUAAAAAUCUGAUUGCUUAUUGUGAAA